UUUCCAGUGUACCUCGAGUCUCCGCGCUGUUUGGGUGUAUUUUGUAAAGUUAUUCGAGCAGAGGUCAUUCGAAAUUAUUUUAUCAUGUCACUUAAAGAUUUAAAAGUGCAUGCUGCUGCUCCCGAAGAAGAGGAGGAAGAGGAGUUGGUGGAUCCUCAUGAUGUACUGAAGGAGAAGUGCACGGCGACAAGCACAUGUACUGCACUGAAGGAGAAGCUGGACGAGUGCAGUGACCGCGUCAACAGCAAGUCCAACACCACAGAAACCUGCUAUGAGGAACUUAUUGACCUGAUCCAGUGCGUCGAUCACUGUUUGGAGAAGACCCUGUUCUCGAAAUUGGCAUGAGAGAAGCGCUGUUUGCACAUACGCUGUUCACCAUCAGAACCCUUCUGUUCUUGUGACAACCAAAACUGGAGGGCCAUCAUUCUUGCACUUCUGUUUUAGGAAUUAAUUUAUCUCACAAUUGUUAUAUCUAUACUUCAUAAUGUAAAUAAAUGAAAAUACGUAUCUUUUUGAAAACUG